AUGAGGCAUGGGCCAUGGGUCCAUCUGAUCCCCGUGCUGAUCUAUACAGCACUGGGUGAUGUGAUUUUCACAAGAGAAAUCUGUUCUCCAGAGACUUUUGGUGGAUUGCAGCCAAUUCAAGGAAAUCCUCACAAAUAUCGUCAAUGCUCAGGUUCGGGAGUGGUUUGGAUCGUCCCUUGUCAACCGGGAACUCUCUUUGAUCCAGUGGAUCGUGUUUGCAGAAUUGAUACGCCUGGAAGGGGGAUACCUUUUCAAGGAAAAAAGUAUCGCCCAAAGCCAAACUCAGCGAUUGGAGGCACACAACGGCCAGCUACGGAAACAACGGAUGCCGAAGAAUUCUUGUUUACAACAAGGAAACCACGACCGAUUAAAGGAAACAGAAUAAAGGGAGGGCAAAGAAUUCGAACAACAACUAGAGCUCCUGCCACGCCAAAUCUUCGACCUAGACAAAGAACCACCAUCUCACCCAGACACCAAACAAUAUCCAUCGCUGAAUACAGUACGAUAAGACCAAAACCAGCAUUCACUCCACCACAGCCGAGAAUUCGAUCAACAACUCCUCCACCUUUACUCGCCACUCAGAAAUCAAUGAGCACGACAAGGAGACCUUGGACAACAGGAACGAGGAGACCUUGGACAACAGGAACAAGAAGACCUUGGACAACAGAAACAAGGAGACCAGUGUUUUCUCAGACAACUACAAUAGAUUAUAAAACGGCGGAAGAGAUCGAGAUGAGUAUUGAUAUCAGCGAUGAAGCGAUUCCCACUGUUGGCUAUCGAAAGACAACAACUGGUAGUCCGCCAGCUAUCAGAAACAGCAUUGAAGAAGAUUAUCCAGAAGAUGAAGAUGAAGCGACCACGACUGAGAUUUCAAUCAUAACAACUCCAACGUCAUUAUGGGUGCAACCGUCAACCGAGCAUCCUUCAACAGUUUUCAAGCCAUUACCGCCUUCAGUUCAUCCACGACUUCCACCUGAAACCCCAAUCCGUCCUCUAUCACAAGGGAAACUAGGUCCAUUGAAUAGCCGAGUCACCAGUCCUCGACAACCCCCACCAUUCGCUCCACCCGGCCCUCGACCAGCACCAAUUCCUGUACCUAGAACUGUUGUCAUUGAAAAACCUCGAACAACGACUUCUGUCGAGAAUCUGAAUUCGUUGGAAGUGAUUUCUGGAGAAGUGAUCCCGACAACUACACAAUUCCCAACUUUACUCACAUAUCCACCAUAUAUUUAUGAAAAAGGACAACAAAGAAUUGGAGAUAUUAAAGCGGGAGAGUUAGACGAGAAAUCGAUUGAAACAACGCGUGGAUUAUCGAUAACAGAUCGUCAAUUUUUGAAAGAAUUGAUGGAAAUGGUUCGCUCUCAAAAAACAGCUGAAGAAGCAGCUCAACGAAUCGAAAAGGAACGUCAAAGACAAAUUUUUGAGAAAAUGGCUCUUGGUAGGCCGAUUAUUGUGCCACCGCGAAAUUCGGCUGAGACAGCCAAUCCACAAACAUAUGGAUGGACUCAUCUACCUGAAGAUGAAGAGAUUGAGGCAGCUACUCCAGCUGGUCACAUUCAAAUCACAAAAUCCGUCGAAGAGCCAUACACAAAGGUACAUCCAUACCCCGACAACGUACCCGCCCCUUUGCGGCCGAUUUACCCUGGAUUCUCGACGCCUGAUAUCAUUCGAUUCACCACUCAGCCUCCAAUCGACAUUAUUCGAUUCACACCAUCUCCAAUCAAUAUCGACAACAAUGGAAAGGAAGAGAAAUGGGUGACUUCAUCACUUUCUUGGAAACCACCACCUGAUUUUGAAAAAGAAACGGAAACGGCUACUACAUUAACAUUGCUAACAGGAUGUGUGAUCGGGACUUCAUGUCCUCUUCUAGGAGAUUCGGAGCUUUUAUGUGAACAUCCAAGCCGUCCAUCUUUGUAUUUACAAUGUGUACCGACUUCAUUUCAAGGAGGAAUAUGGACAGAAAGGGCUUGUCCGGAUACACUCGUUUUUAUUGGGGAUCGUUGUGAUAAGCCGGACAUUAGGGAGUCUUUGCUAGCAGCUGGACAACCGGUGAUCGCUAUUUCGGAGCCUCCACUCCACUCUGGCACUCCGAUCCCCACCCAACAACCUCCACCCAUCACCACCACUCAGCCAUCCAUUGUUUUAACGACAAUGAACGUGCCGUAUAUUGAGAACAAUGAAAUGGGAAAAGGCGACUAUCUACAAUGGCAGAGAAUCGGGGUACCGACAGUUCGACAACCACCACCAAAACAACCACAAAUACCAAAGCUUCCACUGUCUACGCUAAUAAAGGAAAACUCAUUUGGAAAUCGAGAAAAUGAGAUGAUCGACUAUUCGCAAGUGUUCCCUCUGUUUCCAAUGGUUCAACCGUCUUUUCUUUCUCCGCGAAAUCUCAACGCUCUCCAACUUCGACGCCGGCCUACAUAUUAUUAUGGAGGGCGGCAGCCAGCGUUGCUGAGACCCAUCUAUGAUGCGCCCUAUCAACAUGGAAACUCGACAAUCAAUGAUCAAAAAACGAAAGAAAACGAGAAAACGGUCAAGGAGGACUUUAUCGUUGAUAAAGUCGUGAAGCCAGCGCUAAGAAAAAUUGCUUUCGAUACAUCAAAGGGUUUGGUGGAUAUGUUGAUGGUGAAGCCAGUGCACCAGAUGGACACUUUUCUCGCAAAAAGGAUUGAGGAGAUGAAAAGUCGAGAAAUGAAUGGGACAGAAACACAAGGUUCUACGUGCUUGAAAGGGGAGUUUGAUAGCGUUGGCUCAACGUUUCGCUUCGUUUGGAGUGUCUUCUUAAUGAUACAAGAUCAGAAACCACUC